AUGAAGGCCAGCUGUGACUUUCUGUGGCUCCCUGAGUUGAAAUUGGCCCUCUUAUGGCCACACAUCCCUGGAUACAGGUUUAAGAUCGUGCUUCAGGAACGGAAGCAGGACUGGAAGAACACGCCAAGCCCUGGGGAGAAGAGGGCUUGGGGAGACAGCCCAGGGACAGGGAGGAGGCUGGACCCCUGUUCCCGAGCUCCUCCUGGGCCCUCCACCCUCCCCACCAGCUAUCCAGCCCCCGCUUCUCCUGGCCCAGGGCUGCCCAUCAAUCAAGACCUGCUGCUGAUGCAGAAAGGCACACCAAUGCGCAAGGUGCGGUCCAAAAGCUGGAAGAAACUGAGAUACUUCAGACUUCAGGAUGACGGCAUGACAGUCUGGCAUUCCCGACAGGCCGGAGGCAGUGCCAAGCCGAGCUUCUCAAUCUCUGACGUGGAGACGGUGCGUGAGGGCCGUGAGUCUGAGUUGCUGCGCAGCCUGGCAGAGGAGUUCCCCCUGGAGCAAGGCUUCACUGUCAUCUUCCACGGCCGCCGCUCCAACCUGGACCUGGUGGCCAACAGUGUCGAGGAGGCCCAGAUCUGGAUGCAGGGGCUCCAGCUGUUGGUAGACUUCGUCACCAGCAUGGACCAACAGGAGCGGCUGGACCAACCUGGAUGGCUGAGUGACUGGUUCCAGCGUGGAGACAAAAACCAGGAUGGUCGAAUGAGCUUCCGAGAAGUCCAGCGAUUACUGCACCUGAUGAAUGUGGAAAUGGACCAAGAAUAUGCCCUCCAGCUUUUCCAGGCAGCAGACACGUCCCAGUCUGGGACUCUGGAGGGAGAAGAAUUUGUAGAGUUCUAUAAGGCAUUGACUAAGCGUACUGAGGUGCAGGAACUGUUUGAAAACUUUUCGGCUGAUGGGCAGAAGCUGACCCUGCUGGAAUUUGUGGAUUUCCUCCGAGAGGAGCAGAAAGAAGGAGACCGUGCUUCUGACCUUGCUCUGGAACUUAUCGACCGCUAUGAGCCUUCAGAGAGCGGCAAACUGCGGCACGUGCUGAGCAUGGAUGGUUUCCUCAGUUACCUCUGCUCGAAGGACGGAGACAUCUUCAACCCGACCUGCCUCCCCAUCUACCAGGAUAUGACUCAGCCCCUGAGCCAUUACUACAUCAACUCCUCUCACAACACCUACCUAGUGGGGGACCAGCUUUGUGGCCAGAGCAGCGUCGAGGGAUACAUACGGGCCCUGAAGCGGGGCUGCCGCUGCGUGGAGGUGGAUAUAUGGGAUGGACCUAGCGGGGAACCUAUCGUUUACCACGGACACACCCUGACGUCCCGCAUCCUGUUCAAAGAUGUCGUGGCCACUGUAGCACAGUACGCCUUCCAGACAUCAGACUAUCCAGUCAUCUUGUCCCUGGAGAACCACUGCAGCUGGGAGCAGCAGCAGGUCGUAGUGCACCACCUGACCGAGAUCCUGGGGGAGCUGCUGCUGAGCACCACCUUGGAUGGGCUGCUGCCCACUCAGCUGCCCUCGCCUGAGGAGCUUCGGAGGAAGAUCCUGGUGAAGGGGAAGAAGUUAAGGACACUUGAGGAGGAUCUUGAGGAAGAGGACGAGGAGGAAGAGCUAGAGUCUGAACUGGAGGGGGAGCAGGAGGCUGAGCCGGAGCUUCAGGCCCAGUCUGAGUCUGAGCCCCAGGAGUUGAGCCCUUGCAGUAAAGACAAAAAGGAGAAGGUUGUGAUGUGCCCGCUGUUUUGUCCACCUCCUUGUUGUCAGAUUAUGGUCCAGGCUCCUAUUUCCAAGCCUGGGUUCCUUCUCUUUCCCAAGCAGAAAUCCAAGCCCAUCUUGUGUCCAUCUCUCUCUGCCCUGGUUGUCUACUUGAAGUCUGUCUCAUUCCACAGCUUCGCUCAUUCGAGGGACAACUACCACUUCUAUGAGAUCUCGUCUUUCUCUGAAACCAAGGCCAAGAGCCUCAUCAGAGAGGCUGGCAACGAGUUUGUGCAGCACAACACCUGGCAGUUAAGCCGUGUAUAUCCAAGUGGCCUGAGGACAGAUUCGUCCAACUACAACCCCCAGGAACUCUGGAAUGCAGGCUGCCAGAUGGUGGCUAUGAACGUGCAGACUGCGGGGCUUGAGAUGGACAUCUGUGAUGGGCUCUUCCGCCAGAACGGUGGCUGUGGCUACGUGCUGAAGCCAGACUUCUUGCGUGAUGCCCAGAGUUCCUUCGACCCUGAGAGGCCCGUCAGCCCUGUCACAGCCCAGACCCUCCUAAUCCAGGUAAUCAGUGGUCAGCAACUCCCCAAAGUCAAGACCAAAGAGGGCUCCAUUGUGGACCCACUGGUGAGAGUGGAGAUCUUCGGCAUCCGCCCAGACACAGCCCGCCAAGAGACCAGCUACGUGGAGAACAACGGUUUUAAUCCAUACUGGGGGCAGACACUCUGCUUCCGGGUCCUGGUGCCUGAACUGGCCCUGCUGCGUUUUGUGGUGAGGGAUUAUGACUGGAAAUCCCGACACGACUUUAUUGGUCAGUACACCCUGCCAUGGACCUGCAUGCAACAAGGUUACCGCCACAUACACCUGCUCUCCAAGGACGGCACCAGCCUCCAACCGGCUUCCAUCUUCGUGCACAUCUGCAUUCGGGAAGGGCUGGAGGGGGAUGAAUCCUGAGGUGGGCACUUCAUGGGAAGGGUGGGUGCACUGGCUUUAGAUGGUAAGAAAAACCUGGAAGGAUGCUCCAGAAAGCAAACAGAGAUGGUGAAAACCAAGCUUUGGACUGUGCAUUCCUCGGCACAAAAUUAUCUCCCCUUUCCUAACAAGCAAACCUAGGACCUGAUUGUUCACCUUCUUUCUCUUCCCUUCCUUCAUUUUCACCAGUCUUUGGUAUUCUUCCUGCCCUUUUCCUUUGUGUACUCUAUACUGGAGUUCCUUCAGUCCUCUUGCUUUAGGCUCAAUCCCAUACCCAGAUUUAGGACUGAUCUCUCCCAUCAGCUCUGGCUCAAAGGCAGGCUGCAACUAGAAAUCCAGAGGGGCUUAGGGCAGAGAAACCCACAGGGGAAUUAUCCCCUCCACCCCUCACUUCCUUCAAGUUCAGAGCCAUGGAAGGAUAGAUCUAGCCUCGACUCCUCAGGCAAAGGCUGAAGACGACCUGACCCCAGGACUGUACUGACUCUCAAGAGAAGACCAUAUAGCCCCCAGAUCCCCAAAUGGACUGCUCCUCCCUAGCCUCCCAGUAUAAACAGAGCUUCUCUACCCAACUUGG